AUGUUCGCCACACACUUCAUCGCUUUCGCCACCAUGGCUGCCGUCGCCUUCGUUGGUGUCCGGGCGGAAACACACACGAUCAACUUCGUCAACAACUGUGGAUUCGGCACGCCGACUCUGGUCUCGCAAAGCGGCCAGAUCUUGUCGACCGGAGGAACUUACACGGCGGGCGGGGCUAUCGUCGGUGCUAUUGCGUAUUUACAAACCGGUGGAUGCGGCCUGAACGGUGACUACUGCACCACUGUUGAGACGACCCUGAAGAACGGCGUUGGAGCGUCCAGCACGGACAUCACAUUGAUUCCUGACCAUGCCUUCUCCGUCACCACCGGAUUCGGCUAUUACAAUGGGUGCGAUGGAGCUGGCGCCGAUUGCACGUACAGCGGCUGUCCUACGGCAUUCCAUGUGUCUACCGAUACAUUUGUUCAGGUUGGCUGCAGCACCGACAAUGUCGACUUGGCUAUCACAUUCUGUGACUGAGAACUUUUGGUGUGGCGCGCCUUCGCCGAAUCCAUGAAGUAAAAUGUGUACGAACGAAAAUCG